AUGUGUGGAAUCUUCGCUGCAUACAAGCAGAGGGACAUCGAGCUGUUCAAGGACAAGGCCUUGCAGUACUCCAAGAGAAUUAGACACAGAGGCCCAGAUUGGUCAGGAAACGUUGUUGUAAACGACACCAUCUUGUGUCAUGAGAGAUUGGCUAUUGUUGGUUUGGACGCCGGAGCCCAGCCAAUCCUUUCCGAGGACAAGAGAUACUCGUUGGCUGUCAACGGAGAAAUCUACAACCAUAUCCAGUUGAGAGAUGAGCUCAAACAGUACAAGUUUCAGUCUUUGUCAGACUGUGAGCCAAUCAUCCCAUUGGUUGAGAAGUAUGGAAUCGAUGCUCCAAAGCACUUGGACGGUAUGUUUGCCUUUGUUUUGCACGACAAGAAGACCGACAGAAUCGUGGCUGCCAGAGACCCUAUCGGUAUCGUCACCUUGUAUAUGGGUAAGUCUUCCAAGUCUCCAGAGACCAGAUACUUUGCUUCCGAGUUGAAGUGUCUCAUCGAUGAGUGUGAUGAGAUCUUUGCAUUCCCUCCUGGCCAUGUUUAUGACUCCAACACUGAUGAACUCACGAGAUACUUCACGCCUUCCUGGUGGGAUGGCUCCAAGAUUCCAACUGAGCAUGUAGACUAUAAGAAGGUCAGAGAGACCUUGGAGUUGGCCGUCAGAAAGAGAUUGAUGGCCGAGGUUCCUUACGGUGUGUUGUUGUCUGGAGGUUUGGACUCCUCUUUGAUUGCAUCCAUCGCAUCCAGAGAGACCCAGAAGGCUGCAGCCACCAUUGCCGAGGACGGUAUUGACGCCAACAAGGAGUUGUCUGGUGUUGACGCUUCCGGUUCUUUGCACACUUCUGGUUUCAACAGAUUGCACUCGUUCGCCAUUGGUUUGCCUGGUGCCCCAGAUUUGAUUGCUGCCGAGAAGGUGGCCCACUUCAUUGGAACCAUCCACCACUCUCACACCUUCACUUUGGAGGAAGGUUUGGACUCCUUGAACGACGUCAUUUACAACUUGGAGACUUACGACGUCACCACCAUUCGUGCAUCCACCCCUAUGUACUUGUUGUCUAGAAAGAUCAAGGCACAGGGUGUCAAGAUGGUGUUGUCUGGUGAGGGUUCCGACGAAGUGUUUGGAGGCUACUUGUACUUUGCCAACGCCCCAUCUGCAUCUGAGUUCCACGAGGAGUGUGUCAAGAGAGUCAAGAACUUGCACUACGCCGACUGUUUGAGAGCCAACAAGUCCACCAUGGCUUGGGGUUUGGAGGCCAGAGUACCAUUCUUGGACAAGCAGUUCUUGGAGGUUUGUAUGAACAUUAACCCAGAGGACAAGUUGAUCCAGAAGGGUAGAAUCGAGAAGUACAUCUUGAGAAAGGCUUUCGACACUACCGACGAGCCUGACGUCAAGCCAUACUUGCCAGAGGAGAUUUUGUGGAGACAAAAGGAGCAGUUCUCUGACGGUGUGGGAUACUCGUGGAUUGACGGCUUGAAGGAUGCUGCUGAGGCUGCUGUGUCUGAUGAGGAGUUGGCCAACCCUAAGCCAGAGUGGGGUGACGACAUCCCAACCACUAAGGAGGCUUACUGGUACAGAUGCAAGUUCGACGAGAUGUUCAACAAAUCCAAGGCUGCUGCCAGCACCGUUAUGAGAUGGAUUCCAAAGGCUGAAUGGGGCUGUCACGCUGACCCAUCCGGAAGAUACGCCACCACCCACGAGCACAACGUGGACAAGGCAUGA